AAUUAACAGUUCAGGGUAUUCAACCAUAUCUACUCUGUAAAAACGAAUUAGCAUGGGAGGAUGGAGUAGUUAUGCGGGGACAUAAAAUAGUAAUACCAGAAACGUUAAAAUCUAAAAUUUUGUCGGAAAGCUAGGAGUAGGAUAUGGUUUCCCGGUAUUGAUAAUGCCAUUGAAACUAUGAUAGGCAGUUGUGAUAUUUGUAACCAGUUGAGACCAUCUCCGCCGCGCGUUCCACUUGCAGUGUGGCCAUACCCUAAGCAGGCAUUUCAUAGGGUGCAUAUAGAUUUCCUGGGCCCGAUAAAUAAUAGGUCAUAUUUAGUAUUAGUGGACGCGUACUCGAAAUGGGUUGAGGUGUAUAGUGUUAGUUCGACCUCAACGGCUGUCGUUAUAUCAAAACUAUAUGAAUUUAUGUCACGCUUCGGAUUAAUUCACACGCUAGUUAGUGACAAUGCCACAUGUUUUUUGUCUGACGAAUUCCGUGCGUUUUGCGCUGCGAAUGGAAUAUCGCACAUAACUUCUCCCGCCUACCACGCGGCCAGCAAUGGGCAGGCGGAGUCUUACGUUAAGGUAGCAAAAAAAGGCAUACGCUCUUGUUUAAUGUUUAGUACUAAUCAAAGGAAAGUAGAUGAAAACCUAUGCAAAUACCUAUUCGAUUAUAGGAAUUCUGUACACGUUACUACGGGGACUUCACCUGCCCAGAUCCUAUUCGGCCGCAAACUUCGUUCGCGCUGGGACUUAUUAUAUUCCCCGCCACUAUCGCCGUCCUCGUCCCACACUCAUGUUAAAACAGUGGAGCGUAAACAGUGUUCACAGAGUAAAUCCUUUGGGGGAAAAAAACGGCCAUUUUUUAAACCUGGUGAUUAUGUAAUGUAUAAAAAAAAUUAUGGCAAUAAAAAAUUUAUUUGGAACAAGGGUAAAAUAAUAAAACAGAUAGGCAGAACAAUAUACUUAGUUAAGGACCAUGUUACGUUAGUGCAAGUAAAAAAACAUGUAAAUCAACUGGUACCGAUUAAAGGAGUGGACGUCAACAGAUUCCGUUACCCCAGUUAUCAAAGUUUAGAUGAAACAGAAGAACCCUCUGUCAACAACAGUGGUGCUACCAACGAGAUUGAGUCUUCUUCACCGGUGGCCAGCGGCAGUCAUGAGCCUGUCUCGUCUUCGCCAGCUGAAAGGGGAGAGGAAAAUGGUACCUCGGACGGGUCCACCCAGGUUGCUACUUCAGGCGGAGAAGCUGAGGGAUUCCUUGAGGUCUCUGACGACAAUGUUCAGCCGCAGCAGGUAGCUACCCCCGCUGACCAGAGUUUAAGGGGCGGUUUGUCAGGCAUGUUGUUGCGUCCACUUCCCCGAACAGAUUACAAACCUUUUUAUUGUAUGAAUUAUGCGAAACUGUAAAUUAGAUUAAGAAGCUUACUCUCCAUUAAAAACGGGGAGAAAUGUUACGUAUGCUACUGUAUGCAUGUACUUAUAAUAAGGUGUCAUUGCGAAUAAACGUCAGUGCGUAUCUGA